AUGGGUUUAGAUCAUCCAGCAUUUACAUUAUCAGGAUUAUGUGCCAUUGGUGGUAUCAUGGGUUAUGUCCGUAAAGGGUCUUUCCCUUCAUUAGUUGCCGGAAUCACUUUUUCAGCCCUUUAUGGUGGUGCUGGUUAUUUAUUAAAACAAAAUGCUGAUUAUGGAUUGGAAUUAGCUUUAGGUACAAGUUCAAUAUUAUUAAUUGCUGGAUUAGCAAGAUCUAUCCCAACAAGUUUUUCUAAACCAAUCCCACUUGUUUUAUUGGUCUUGGGUGGUGCUUCAACUGCUUAUUAUGCUAAAAAAUAUAAUGAAUUUUAUCCAUUAUUUAGUUAG